CGCCAUUAAGCUCAGGAAUAAGACGACGAAGAACUCAAACCAUCAAUGUUUGGUUAAUAUUCUGGAGCUUUUGUAUCAAAGUGGAAUGGACCAAAACGAGACACUCCAGACAAAUGGCAGCAAGACAUUGUUCAUCCGCCACCUACCAGAUGAGCUUAGCCAGGAUGAAAAGGAAGACCUUCUGAAGUAUUUUGGAGCCACAUUGGUCAGGGUCUUCCCGAAAACAGGUCGACUGAAACAUGCAGCAUUUGCAACCUUCAGAAGUGAGACAUCAGCAGCAAAGGCCCUUUUCAGGCUCCAUCAACUGCAAAUUCUCAACCAUACACUUGUUGCAGAGUUUGCCAAAGGUCAAGAUCAUAUCACCAUAUUAAAGGAUCCGCCGGUGUCAGAUAAUGGUGGACAUAUUGAGGCAGAGCAGAAGAAACGGGAGCCAAAAAUGGUAAAUGUUCCACUCAUUGAGAAUGGUGUUGCACCGAGUCUUGGGUUGAAAUUUCAAUCAAAUCCGACUUUGAAAUAUUUAUACCCACCACCUUCGAAUAGCAUUCUGACAAAUAUAACACAUGCCCUCAUGAGUGUGCCAAAGUUUUAUGUUCAGGUACUUCAUCUGAUGAACAAAAUGAAUUUACCAUGUCCCUUUGGCCCUCUCACUGUCAGACCUCCAAUGUUUCAGAAUCUGCCUCCGGCACCACCCAUCCCUAUGCCACCCCCUUUUCCUCCUGAAUACCCUCCUUUGCCGGAGGAGGAGAUGGAGCUGUCCAGUGAAGAAGAAUCAGAGUAUGAGAGCGGAGAUGACGAAGACAAGGAGAGGAUUGCUCAUCUGAAGCUCCUGGUCAACCAAGCAUGCAAGAGACCUCAGAGACCAAAAUCAACUUCAAAGCGAAAGAAGCCCAAGAUCAAGGAUCUACUCUAUGCUCCCAAACCAGACUCUCAGAGCACUCCAGUGUUGCAGCCCUCUGAUGUGUUUGAGCAACCACACCCCACUGGACCAAAGAAAAUUGAAUUCCACAUUUCAGUGCCAGACGUGACGGCAGUGGUGGAAAGAAGUGGCUCAGGUGAAGGGGCACGCUCUGACAAAGGCAAAGAAAUGUAUGAAAUGGAGCAUGUGCCUGGCAGUGUGAACAUGGUGGCAGAAGUUGAAGGUUUUGGAAAACUCUAUCCCAGCACCCAGGCAUCCCAACAGGCCGAGGAGCACAGCGAUGAAGAGCAAGAUCUCAUGUCGGAUGUUAUCUCAAGGAAAGAACUUGAGAAAGGACGGCUGUCUCGAGAUGAGAUAAAAAGGAUGUCUCUGUUUAAAAGUUAUGAACCGGGUGAGCCAACCUGUAGACUGUACGUGAAGAAUAUUGCUAAGCAAGUGGAAGAGAAAGAUCUGAAGUACAUAUAUGGGAGAUAUAUCAACCCUUCAUCAGAAGCUGAGAGAAACAUGUUUGACAUUGUGUUAAUGAAGGAGGGGCGAAUGAAAGGACAGGCCUUCAUCGGACUCCCUAGUGAGCAGAGUGCAGAAAAAGCUCUGCGGGACACCAAUGGCUACGUUCUCUAUGACAAACCCCUCAUUGUUCAAUUUGCCAGGUCGGCAAGACCCAAGCAAGAUAACACAGAGACCAAGAGAGGAACAAAACGCUGAACAGAUAUCAACGCUUCAUUCAUAUUGUGGCCCAGCAGAACCAUUUGUAUCCUUAUUCUGGCAUAUCCUUUGAGGCGAAAAAAAUCAAUAAAAGUAAUCGGGUUAUGUGUAGUUGCUCAGCUAAAC